AUGGAGAGUGCCUACAUGGAGUGUUUUGUCUGCCAAGUGGAUGAGUUUAAACACACAUCAAAGAGGAGAUUCCAGGUACAUGACCAUGACAUUGUGAUCAUUCAACAACAAGGGAACUUUUUUGCCCUCGAUAGCUUUUGUUAUCAUGCAGGGGGACCCUUAUACAUGGGAGAUAUUGAGGACUUCAAUGGGCUCUCUUGUUUGGUUUGUCCUUGGCACAAAUAUAAAGUCCACAUAGAGAGUGGAAACAUGAUGUACCAGUCAAUAGAUCCUCAUAAUCCGAAGAAACCCCCAGUGUGGAAAAGCAGUGGCCAAAAGCAGCGACUACAUCGAGUUACAGUACGGGACAAAAGUUUGUAUGUCACCUUCACAGACUGUACGGGGGACCUCCAGUCAGACCAGUAUAACACCAAGGAGUACCGACAGAAAUGGAAAGAUAGUAGUUAAACCCAUACAAGUGAUAUCAACCAACCGUACACGAAAUGUCAAAUAUUUUUUUUAUCCUAUUUAAGGGAUCACUGUGGUACACCAAAAACUGUGGGAACUUGGAAUCCUUCAGUGCUGUACUUGGCAGCAUACCUUGUCCACAGAGGUUUAGGUACUGAUUGCCCAUGCCAUCACCAGUACCAAUACCAGCCUUUACACAUUAAUCCAUGCUUUACUCAGCAGCAUACGAUGUCCCCAGAGAUUUGGAUACAUGACCAUCCAUGUCAUCAGCAUAGCCAAUGUUGAAAAAGUGAGACAAUACAAUACGUUCAACAGUUCUGGAACAUUUGAAUCUCUCAUUGCUUUUUCAUAAAAAAACUUGCAAAUACUCCUUAUAGAAAUGAAAGAUUGUAUGAAGUUAAUGAAACUUGGAAAUUAUAAACUGUAUAUAACAGGUACCAAUUACCUGCCUUUAAUUCUUGAUUAAAAUUAAUAUAAAGUGAUGUCAUGUUGGCAUGUUCAACACUGUAAAACAUUAAUAAAUAACCAAUAAAUAAAUAAAUGAUGAAAUAAAGAGAUGAAACCCAAAAUUUUAAUUGGUCAACUUUAUUGGUCACACAACUGCACAGCUUGAAGUGUACCUUAAUCAAUGACUAAUAACAAGCAUAGGAACUUUAUACACAUACAUAAUGCAGAACAUCAUAUGUAAUAUCGUA